AUGCCGAAAAAAGUCAUCCACGCCACCUUCCUUGCCGCCGCCUUGGCCAUCGGCGCCAUGACGGGCGCGGCCCAGGCCGAAACCCGGUCGCUGAUCGUCGCCGGCGGGUGCUUCUGGUGUGUCGAGAGCGAUUUCGAUCAUGUGGCCGGUGUCGUCGGCACCACAUCGGGCUAUGCGGGCGGCGAGAUGCAGAACCCGACAUACCGGAACCACGGCCGGCACCGCGAGGUUGUCAAGAUCGACUAUGAUUCGUCGGUGACCGACUACAAGACGCUGAUCGAGAUUUUCCUGCGCACCGUCGAUCCGCUGGAUGCGGGCGGUCAGUUCUGCGAUCGCGGACGCUCUUACGAAACGGCGAUCCACGCGGCCACUGAUGCCGAAAAAGUGGUGGCGCUCGAGGCGGUCAAUGCAGCCUCGCAGGCUCUUGGACAAGGGGUGGUCAUCCCCGUCGAGGGGCCGGUGACAUUCUGGCGGGCCGAGGACUAUCACCAGGAUUAUUAUCUGAGCCAGGAACGCCAGUUGACGCGGUUCGGCUAUGUCACCCGUGCCGAGGCUUACAAGGGCUAUCGAAAGGGCUGCGGCCGCGACGCGCGCGUCAGGCAAAUCUGGGGCGCCGAGGCCUAUCGGGGCGUCGACAAGCCCGCGACCUGA